GAGCGGCUGGCGGGGCGGCUGCGGGCGCGGCGGAGCCAGGAGGAGGAGGAGGAGAAGAAGCAGCGGGAGGUGUCCGGGAACCCGGCGCGGAGACGGGCCCGAGAGCUGGCCGCGCUGCAGCUGGUGCACCCCAACGUGUUGGCCAGAGCGCUGAAGCAGGGAGCCGUGUACCAGGACGAGGAGGUGGUGGUGCUCAACAAGCCCUACGGCCUCCCCGUGCACGGUGGCCCUGGGAUCAAGAACUGUGUUGCUGAUGUGCUGCCAAUUUUGGCCAAGAUGCUGAAAAACAUGAGAGCUGAACCUCUGCACCUGUGUCAUCGGCUGGACAAAGAGACCACAGGUGUCAUGGUACUGGCAUGGAGCAAGGAGGCAGCAGACAGGAUCCGACUCCUCUUCAAAACUCGCCAGGUGGAGAAGAUAUACUGGGCAAUUAGCGUAGGGCACCCCGACCCUGCUGAGGGCAUUGUGGAAAUCCCCAUGGUGGAGAAGGAGGUGCGGAGCCACCAGCCUCACUACAAGAUGACACUGGCUCCAAACUACCGCCUGUCUCCUGAGGAUGGGAAGGUGCUGAAAAUUCGCAAGAAUUGCAGUGCUGAAAGCGCUGUGACACGGUACUGCAUUCUGGCUAGCUCAUCUGCCUGCUCUCUGCUGGAGCUCCAGCCCAUCACAGGAGUGAAGCACCAGAUCCGGGUUCACCUGGCCUAUGGGUUGGGGUGCCCAAUACUGGGGGAUCACAAAUACUCACACUGGAGCAAGCUGGCACCCCAGAAGCUUCCUGAAGUCACCCUGAGGAGGCUGAAGCUGGAGCAGAGCAAGGCUCGCCACCUCCCGCUGCACCUCCAUGCCCGCCGCCUCUCCCUGCCGCUGGGUGCCAGUGGGGGCAAGUGGAUAGACCUCGUGUGUGAGCCACCUGUCUUCUUUCACAGGACAUUGAGGAAGCUGGAGCUGGACAUUGAUAAAAACUAGGAUGGGGCUCAUCAGCAGGACAGCACUGGUCCUGUGCAUCUCUGUGCCUCUAGCACAUGGUAGUGCUGGAUCCAGCCUUGCUGCAGUGAUGUCUGCCUUGCAGCAAGCGGUGUGAUGUGGUCUGCGGUCUCUGCUGCUUGGGAGAAACCUCACCUGAUGGGUAACAGCGUUGCUGGCUUCAGCGUGUGCACUUUUGCCCAUAGUCCAGGCCUGAUUUAGAGCAGAAAUGCGGCUAGGUGCACUCAGGAGCCUCUUGUUCAUGCUGAUAAAGCUGGGUAGAAACUGGGCAUCACCCAGUCUGUGUUUUGAACUUGACCCUGCACAAUAAAGGACCCAUCUCCUGCG